AUCUCAACCAGAGUUUGUGCAAAAGAAAGACAAGAGGCAGCCAUGGGAGAAAAGAGGAGAUCUACUUCGAAAGACCUAGCUAAGAAUAAAAAGCGGAAAGGUCCUCACUUGCCUAACUCUAUACUGAAGACUAUUGCCAAUGAGAAGCGUCCUUUGAACUCUGACGAAGAAGACGACGAGAUUGAUUCCGAUGACGCAAACGUCGAUUUGUAUGAGUACGAAGAAGGUGUACCUGAGGAAGAGUCCAGGAAGAACAAUCGCUACGACCGCGUCGAUAACUACGAAUACGAGCUUCCUGAAGAUUUCGAGGAUGAAAAUGUGGAGUCAGAUGAUGAUGACGAUGGUGGGAACAGCGACAAUGAGGAAGGUGAAGGUGAUGAUGAUAGACACACACGGAUGUUGCAGUCUCUCACUGGAAUGCCAAGUGCAGCCUUUCAAGGAGAGAGUAAGAGAAAACCUGUACUCUAUACUGAAGCGUAUCCAGAGUCUGAGUUCAAUCCUACCCGUGAUGUUCUGGAGGGUAGAGGCCUCCUCACAGUUGAAGACCUUUUAGCGCCUCUUCAAGGAAAACCUGGGUAUAACGACCUAAAUAAGAGGAUCUCCCGGAUGCAGAAAGAUACUCAAGCUGUUGUUCAUGCUCCUCUGCCAAAGCCAGAACGAGAAAGACUGGAACGGAAAGCUGUGAAAGGACUUGUUGACAAGGAGUUUAGUAAGUGGGUGCAUCAGGUCAAGAGGAAUAGGGAGGCACCAACUGUUUACUUCAACCAAGAUGUCAAUCUUGGGUACUCUACAGUUGGCGCAAUAGCAUCAGAAUUUCAACCCAGGACUGAAUUUGAGAAGAAAAUGGCUUCUGUACUCAAUGAUAAUGAGCUUGGGGAGGCUCACAAAGAAGAUGGCACUAAGCUUCUUGAAUUGAACGAGGUGUCGAUGGAAGACCACAUCAAGUACCGUAACCACAUUGCCAAGAUGCGGAGCCUGCUCUUCCGCCAUGAGCUGAAAAGUAAACGUAUCAAGAAGAUUAAGUCUAAAACUUAUCAUCGCCUGAAAGGCAAAGACCUGAGGAAAUCGGCAAUGGGAGCACUAAUGGACCCAGAAAUGGCUAAAGAAGAGGCUAUGAAGCAGGAGGCUAGACGAGUAGAGGAACGGAUGACGUUGAAGCACAAAAACACCGGAAAAUGGGCCAAACGCAUGUUAAGCCGUGGACUGAAUGUGAGAUACGAUGGAACUCGGGCAGCUAUAUCUGAACAACUUCAGAUAAAUGCUACUUUGUCUAGAAAGAUGAACUCCACAAACGAUGGAAGUAGCAGUGAUGAGAGCGACGAUGAGGAAGAGUUGAAUGAUGGUUCAGAUCAGGAUACUCCUUCUAAAUUGAUAGCAAAGGCCAGGGAGAAGACACUGAAAACUGUGGAAGAUGAUGAAGUACCCAAUUCUGGUCUUCUUUCAUUACCUUUCAUGUCUCGUGCUAUGAAAAAGAAAAACGAGGAAGCUAAUGAAGAAGCUAAACGUGCACUUGAGGAGUAUGAAGAGUGGGAGAAUACUGGUGGAGAAGAAAAUUCUAAAAAGUCUGCUGAUGUUAGUGGUAGAAGAGUAUUUGGUGCCACUGCUAAGGUCGAAGCUCCAAAAGAGUCUAAAAGGGACUCAGACAAUUUUUAUGACAACAGUGAUAGUGACAAUGAUAUGGAAGGCAUAGAAAAUAAUGACUCAGGGGAUGUUAGAGAUACGGCUUCACCUGCUAAAAAAGCUGGAGCCAUAACAGAGUUCGAUGAUGUUCAAAAUCCAGCUUCUAAGACAACUUUUGAUGUUGCCUUAUUUGCGGCAGGCUCUUGGAAGAAGAUGAAAGGCUGUCAAAAUGCAGAACCCAAAAACCCUCCAAAGUCUCAUGGCCCAAUUUCAAAGGGACAAGAUAAAAAGGAAUCGAGAGAUGAAGAAAGUGAAGAUUCUGAGAGUGAAGCAGAACAAAUGGUUGAUGGGAUUUUAACAUCUACUUCAAAGGAAACCUAUGAAAUUCCUUCUCAAGCAGAGCUUAUACAACGUGCUUUUGCUGGUGAUGAUGUUGUAGAUGAAUUUGAGAAGGAUAAGCAAGAGGUUCUAAAUCAGGAAGUUCCUGAACCGGAAAAACCGGUUCUAGUACCUGGUUGGGGACAAUGGACCAAUAUCCAAAACAAGAGAGGUUUACCUUCAUGGAUGGUUAGAGAACAUGAAGAUGCAAAUAAAAAGAGAGAGCAAGAUCUCAAAACAAGGAAAGAUGCUCGUCUCAAACAUGUUAUCAUAUCAGAAAAAGUAGAUAAAAAGGCUGACAAACUACAUACAAAGACUCUACCUUUCCCAUAUACAUCUAAGGAAGUUUUCGAACACAGCAUGCGCAUGCCUAUAGGACCCGAGUUUAAUCCUGCUACUAUUGUUGGAGCACUAAACCGACCAGAGGUUGUGAAAAAAGCUGGUGUGAUAAUUAAGCCGGUCAAAUUUGAGGAAGUGAAUCCCAACGAGAAGGUAGAUGACGAACACCAUCGAAGCAAUCGAAAACAAAAACCCAAAAAUCGCAGUAAAACUGGUAAAGGUCCAAGCAAAAGACCAAAGCUUAAUUAGCUCCAAGAUUUUUGUAUUCUCAAACUUGUUUAGACCCAAAUUUUGAUCCGAAAGAGAAAAUGUUUUGCUUUGUAAUCUGUCUUAUUUAUAAAAGAAUACGUUUUGUUUGCUUCA